AUGCCUUAUUCAACAGGAACUGCCAACUCAUCCUACACCGCGACAAGGAUUUCAUCAUCAGACAAACCUACUGGCACUCCUUGUGCCGGGAAUACUGCAGCCGAUCGGUCUCAGUGGUGCGACUUCAGUAUCGAUACAGAUUGGUAUGAAGAGGCUCCCAACACUGGCGUCACAAAGGAGUACUGGAUCGAGAUUACAAACAUGACAAUCGGGCCUGAUGGCUAUUCGCGUGUCGCACUUGGUAUCAACAACACCAUUCCAGGUCCACUCCUUGAAGCCAACUGGGGAGAUACUGUCAAGAUUCACGUGUUGAACAGCCUCGAGAGUAAUGGCACAACGAUCCACUGGCACGGUCUGAGACAAAACUAUACAGUUCAAGAGGAUGGAGUGCCCUCCGUUGUCCAAUGUCCUGAUGCUCCAGGAACCACACACACCUACACUUGGCGCGCAACCCAAUACGGCACAUCCUGGUACCACUCCCAUGUGGCGCUGCAAUCCUGGAACGGUGUCUAUGGCCCACUGGUCAUCCAUGGUCCCGCGACAGCGAACUACGAUGAAGAACUCGAGCCCAUCAUGUUGUCAGACUGGAGUCACCAGACCGCCGAUGCCUUGGCGAACAAAGCAGCGGCCCUAGGACCGCCCAGACUAGAUACUGGUCUCAUCAACGGUCAUGGCACGCUUAACGGCACCGGCUCGCGGUACCAAACGUCAAUGGAGGCAGGCAAGAAGUACAGGAUGCGACUGAUUAACGGUGCGAUUGAUACUCACUUCAAAGUCUCGCUCGACAACCACACAAUGACAGUCAUCGCUAUGGAUUUCGUCCCCGUUAAGCCUUUCCAGAUUGAUGUUCUGGACAUCAACAUGGGUCAACGUUACGAUGUGAUAAUCGAAGCAAACCAGGCACCAACUGAUUACUGGUUCCGCGCCAUCCCUCAAGCUUCGUGCUCCAACAACGGCAACGCAGAUGAUAUCCGUGCCAUCGUUCGCUACUCCCCCUCUUCCACCGCUGACCCGAAGUCUGUCUCUUGGCCCGGCAACGCAAAAGACAGGUGCAUGGAUGUAGCAUAUGAGUCUCUAGUUCCCCACGUUCCCCACACCGUUGUGUCGCCCAUCAAGGGGGACACUGAACUCGCCGUCGGCCUGGCCAAGACUGAUGGACUCUUCACAUGGAACAUUGCACUCUCCAGCAUGCACGUCUCAUGGGAGAUGCCGUCCCUGUUGUCCAUCGCAGAGGGCAAAACAGACUUCGAGACGAACGACAAUGUAUACCUGCUGCCCAAUGCCAACGAGUGGAUAUACUGGGUCAUCGACACUGCGAUCCCCGUGCCGCACCCAAUCCAUCUCCACGGCCAUGACUUCUACGUCCUAGCACAGGCAGAGAGUGCAACAUGGAAUGCGUCGGUACCGCUCAACUUAAACAAUCCUCCAAGGAGAGAUGUCGCGACACUGCCCGCGAGUGGAUACUUGGUCAUUGCCUUCCUGACCGACAACCCAGGUGCUUGGUUGAUGCACUGCCACAUCGGCUGGCACGUGGCCGAAGGCCUUGCUCUGCAGUUCAUCGAGCGCCAGUCGGAAAUCAAGGCAACUCUCGACAUCGACCAACUGAGCUCCACAUGUAAGACGUGGGAUGAGUACAAGGGUGUGGGCAAGGUGCAAGAUGAUUCUGGUGUAUAG